AUCUCGACGGUGACUCACACCUGCCGGGCCACAUUCCUCCCGGAAGAAAAGAAAACAUCCAAACUCUUUUGAGAAUCCAACUCGAAGCAGACCCGUUUGACGGGACGGGACUGGUUUGUGCGUUCUGACUUGGCUUCAUUCCUCCUUACCUGACGCAUGAGAGUUGAUUGAGAAGAAAGUUCUUGCUUUUCGGACGGCGGUUGUGACUUUCUGACUUGAUGGUCGAGAUGGUGAGGCGAGCACCUGAGAUGAGAGGCUAACCCGGUUGACCGAUCGUCGGUGCGUACGUUUGGAAGGACGUCAAAACGCGAUGGCUCAGGAUGACACGAUGGACUUCAAGGCCCUGAGGGCUAGGUUCCAAGAAGAACGACUUCUGAGUCAGCCCAGGCUGAAACCCGCCCUCCCGGAGAAACCCAAGGUGGUCCCGCCUCCCCACAGCCCCACGCAGUACCUCCCGCCGGGGGCCCGCCCUUCCCUGCUCACCUCCAUUAACUUCAUCCUGGACAAAAGGACAGUCGUCCCUCCCAAGGUGGUCUUCAAGGACGAGAAGAAGAGCUCGAUGGAUCAGAACGGCGGGACGCUUCAGGCGAGCAAAGGCAAACAGACCGAGGGACACAAGGAGCCUCUCGAUGAGAAUUCGCUCUAUCACAAGCUCAAGAAAGACAUCGAUAAAGACAAGAAGCCUCCACGGGUGACCACCGCAGAGUUGGUAUCCGUCCCGGCUCUAACUAAAGCUCCGAACUCCAAGAAGAAAGGUUUCCUAGGUUCAAAAUGGUCUGCGAAAACCCAUCCAGAAAAAGUACUUGCGGAUUCCAUCUUGGACGCGCCCACCUUCGAUGGUCCUGCACUCGUCCCUCUCAUCCCGAUUCCUCCUGAGUUUGACGAUGUAGAACCGGAGGCAGAAAUUCUACCGCCAAACAUUUUUUCCUCAUCAGAUUCUGAUCUCGCAUUCCCCAUCUCUCCAGGCUUCACCCCUCCCCCCUCCUUCAUUCCUGAUUUUCCUGCUUUUCACCUCCUGUCGCCAGAGAGUGAAACUCCACCGGAGUUUCAAACUGGUACCCUUCCCCUUUCCUUACAUGCUGGUCAUGGUAGAAUGAGCAGAGUGCAAAACUCUCCAUCCAUCUACCAGACCGUCUCCAUCCCUCCACCUGAAAUCCCCUCCCCUCUGCUGUCAUCUCCUGAACCAGACUACGGUGUUCCAGGCAACGCAGCGGGUAUUAGUAUAGCAGCACUGCUGAAUCCCCGGACCCGGUCCGCCUCGCCGUCUCUCCCAGCUGAGGGUUCCGCUUCAGCCCUCUCGGCCUUGGAGAGGGCAGAGGACAUGAGCCAAGGGAAGAGGAACACUGCAACCGACGGAAGGAUCCUCAACGCCCUGCAGAAGGCUCGCAACAAGCCCAACCACAGCUCCCAGAAAAACGGUUCCGUCUCCAGUACGCCGCCUCCCGAGGAGCUUCACCUGCCGCAUAGCCCCCAAGAAUUGCUCGCAGACCUUCCGCCCAUCAACUACAACUCUCGGGCCAGACACCUCAACAGUCUAGAUCCUGGGGAAGAUUUGCUGUCAUUGGAGGACACGGACAAGUAUGGGACUGAGGACGUUCUAGCGGAUGUUUUGCCUCCUCAUCCCAGGAGUCUCAGCCUGGACCGAGCCGCUCCGGGGGUUCCUCCAGAGAAACCUCCCAAGCCUUCCCUCAUCAAAAUCCCCGACUUCAUCCCUCCUUCCCCUCCGAUCAUACGCAAUGCAAUCCCAGUUCCAUCCAAAUUACCAGAGAUGCAGUCCACUAACGGGCCACAGUUUGGGGGUGUGGCUUCAGGGGGUGCUCCAGGGUUAGCAGGAUCGCAAUGGGUCAACGGGAGUAUUCCAGACGGAAACCAACCUUCACUGUUAUACAGUAACGGUCCAACGAUGACCGGCCCCAAAGGAGUGCCUGUGUUUCCCGACAAAUUCCCAGUCCUGCCGCCAUCACAUCAGGCGGACGCGUCGUACCCUACCUCGCUGGAAGGUCAAGCAAUGGCAGGCGCCGCAAUGGGAAACUACAAUGAGCCCUUGUACUCUGCCAAAGGGAAGUCCAAAACCGAAGUGGGGAGGAAAAAGAAAGGACCUCCAAAGAAUCCAUACGCCGAGGCCGGCCAGGAAUUUAAUGAAGAGAAUAACAAGACGGCCUGGUUUGGAAAGGGGGACAAGAAGUCCACGACGACGGCGGAGGUGCCCGACGACAAGGAGCUGAAGAAGCGAGAGAAGCAGCGGCUGGAGAAAGAGAGGAAAGAACUGAAGGAAAAGCAAGAGCGCGAGAAGAAGGAGCAGAAGGAACGGGAGAAGCGGGCCAACGAGAUGAAGAAGAAAUACAAGGUCACGGGUUCCGAGGAGGCCAUGUACCACGCGACGGUCACCGUGACGACCAAAGGGCGCAAGGACGACCUGCCCCUCCAGAGCGGCGACGUCAUCAGCAUCAUUCGCACCACCAACUGCCCCAAAGGAAAAUGGCUGGCCAGGGACUCCGGCAACAAUUACGGCUAUGUGGCAGUGGACCACGUGGAGCUGGAUAUCAAAGAGAUGCUGGAACUGGGAAGGAAAGCGUCCGGCACUCGCGUGGGCAGCCCGAUGGAUGAGGACGGCAUCACGACGUCGAUCAGGACUUCCAACCACUACCCGCAAUCAACCGAGAGUUUCUCGGACGACAGCGAGGAAUGGACCGUCGAUGACGACGACGCGUUCCCACACGCUCUAGUGAGCCAGAACCGCGCACUCUCCGUGCCCGACAUGGGAAACGCGGACGUCGGCAUUUCCCACCAGCACAGUCGCAGCGACAUCAGCGCCGGCGGCCCCAAUGUGCAAGCCAGUAAUGAAGCACUUCAAAAAUUGGCAACAUUUUUCCAUUCUCCCAACGCUGUAAAACCAUCUGCCAGGAAGACAACUGAAGCAGAAUUAAGGUCUGCGCUUGACGGCGGGGGCCACGUCGUUCAACACCACAGGCCUUACGCAAAGGAAUUCGAACAAGCCGAUUUGCUCAUUUUACCUCCUCCAGAACUCUACGCCGACGAUAGCGAGUAGAACGAAAUCGCAAGGACGGACCGGUGACCUUUCUUCACACUGUGACCUCUUUCCCCCUUUUGGACCCUUUUAGUAAUUUUUUUCUUUUUCUUUUUUUUUUUUUUUAUCACGUGCAGCAGACCUUUUUUUUUUUUUUUUUUU